UUCUGUGAACAACCGGUUGGUUAUACGAUAACUGGCCGGAGCAAACCACCGAUUAUACGAUAACUGUCCGGAGAAAACCACCGGUUCAGUGCACGAACUUCAUAGCCGGCCACACUGAUUAUCGAGCGAGGACGAAGAGACUGUCGCUGCUUUCAGUAUCUACCAGGAUAACCGUUGGUUCUUCGUCUUAUUCCUUCGCAAUUUCUUCCUCGCAGUCGUGCUCUGGUUCUUCAGUUUGGGUUAAUUUGCUUUAGAGUUUAAGCACAAUUAGAUUGGAGCAACAGCUGCUGAAGCUGCAAAUAUCACUUGUUGCAAGAGUCGUGGAGGAGGAAUUGAGGAUCAGAAGUCAGAACCCAGAAUACCACAUGGAUCAGAAUCUCCUGCAAGAUGCCAAAGAACAUCCCAGUAACAGUAAUAUGCCCCCGGAAGAUGCGGAAAACAAUCAGCUGGGAAUCUUUGACAGACCUCUUCCUUGCUUUGGUUGUGGAAUAGGAUGGUUUUCCCUGCUACUUGGUUUUGUAUUCCCAUUCAUGUGGUAUUAUGCAACAAUUCUUUACUUUCGGAAUUACUACCAGAGAGAUCCGAGGGAGCGGGCAGGGCUAGCUGCCAAUGCAAUAGCUGCUCUGAUAUUUACUGUAGCAGCUCUAGUUGCAGUUGCCCUGAUUGUAUUGUAGUCAUCUUCUGCUAUACUCUUAUCUUAGCUGAAAUCCAC